GACUAUCUCCCAGCGGCAGGCCCUUCGAUAAAAUCAGGAACUUGCGCUGGCCCUGCAAUGUCGAGGGAGGGGGCUCACCCAGGGCUCCUGUAGCUCAGGGGGCAGGCCUGAGCCCUGCGUCCGCCGACGGCCAUCCAGCCCCCCGACGGGGCACCCCGACCUGAGGGGCCCCGCGCUGGCCCCCACCGACGCAGGGCAUCUGACAGGCUCCGAGCUCGGCUGGAUGUUACAGGCGUGCACAAUGGAAGGGUUUCCCCUCGUCCCCCCUCAGCCGUCAGAAGACCUGGUUCCCUACGACACGGACCUGUACCAACGCCAGACGCAUGAAUAUUACCCGUAUAUCACCAGUGAUGGAGAAAGCCACAACGACCACUACUGGGACUUCCACCCUCACCACGUGCACAGCGAGUUCGAGAGCUUCCCCGAGAACCACUUCACGGAGCUGCAGAGCGUGCAGCCCCCGCAGCUGCAGCAGCUCUACCGCCACAUGGAGCUGGAGCAGAUGCAUGUCCUCGACACCCCCAUGGCGCCGGCCCACACCAGCCUCGGCCACCAGGUCCCCUACCUGCCCCGGAUGUGCCUCCCAUACCCAUCCCUGUCCCCACAUCAGCCCAGCUCAGAUGAGGAGGAGGGCGAGCGGCAGAGCCCUCCACUGGAGGUUUCUGAUGGGGAGGCGGAUGGCCUGGAGCCCGGGCCUGGCCUUCUGCACGGGGAAACAGGCAGCAAGAAGAAGAUCCGCCUGUACCAGUUCCUGCUCGAUCUGCUUCGCAGCGGGGACAUGAAGGACAGCAUCUGGUGGGUGGACAAGGACAAGGGCACCUUCCAGUUCUCGUCCAAGCACAAGGAGGCGCUGGCGCACCGCUGGGGCAUCCAGAAGGGCAACCGCAAGAAGAUGACCUACCAGAAGAUGGCGCGCGCGCUGCGCAACUACGGCAAGACGGGCGAGGUGAAGAAGGUCAAGAAGAAGCUCACCUACCAGUUCAGCGGCGAGGUGCUGGGCCGCGGCGGCCUGGCCGAGCGCCGCCACCCGCCGCACUGAGCCCGCAGGGCCCCCAGGCCUCCCGCGGGCCACAGCAUUAACCCCCCGCCGGCCCGGACACAGGGAGGACGCCCGGGGCCAGGGCAGGACUGGCGGCCACCCUCCCUCGCCUCCCCUCCAGCCCCGCUUGCCCCAGGGGACCCCAGCCCCGAGGUGCCCGCAGGCCGCCGGGCGUCGGCCUCGCUCAGUGGCCAGGGCGCUUCCUUGGGGCUGUCUCUUGUCACUUCUGUAGAUGGAUGCUCCUUUCUAAGCAUCACCUUCUCCCACCGCCCUCACCCUUUAGGAAGGAAGUAAAGUCUUGUUAGACACCAAGCUUGCAGCGACAGAGUCUCUUUCAGAAUGUGCCCCUGGUCUGUCCCCUCCCCCUUGGGCAGGGACAUGGCUGGUUCCCUCAUUUAGCCAUUGGGUGUCUACCCAGUGCUGGACCCUGGGCACGCAGAGACAAAUGACACACAGACAAAUGACACACACUGCCUGAGCCUGGAACAAGACCUUCAUUGUUAUUAGCAGAGUUCACCAAAGUAAAAGGCCUUCUGCACCCGAGAGGGUGUUUGAAGCCUGGAUGAGGCUUCAAUUCACCAUCUUCUGAGUUAAAUAUGGUGCAAAUGAUGUCGAUGAGAAGGAUGACCUUGUUAACAACACUGGAUUUUCUGGUCAUGCAGUACUGAGAUGAGGACUCUGGUGUCCUCGCAUUCUAUAGAAUGGGACACCGAGGCUCUCAGAGGUGGAAUAAUUGGUCCAAGUUCUCAGCUGGCUUGUGGCCAGGCUGGAUCCACUCCAGGUCUGCCCCACCGUAAGCUAGGAAGCUUUACUUAUCUGGAAAUAGAUGUCUUCACUGAGCAGGAGCAGAGGCUAAGACCCCUUCUCACAAGAUUCCAGCCCUGCAAGACCUUGGGCCGGUGAUUCAAGUCCCCCUCCUGCAGCCCUUUAUCCUGAACACUUGGCUCGGGGACUCCCGCCACACAGCAAGGCGCAACAGACACAGUCAGCAAGGAGCCUGGAAGAAUCCUGCUUUAGCAAAUAGCGGGUAGUGGCAGCAGACAGCCUGGGAAUGAAGAAACUUCCGGAAGCUGUCUGCACACCUCAGAAAACCCAGGUCCUAGGACCCUUAGCAUUAAGCAUUAGCUUAGGGAGAAAGACCUGGAGGGCUGCAGGCUCAUCACAGCCCAGACAUGGUGCUCCCAGCCUGACUGCAGAGCCCCCCAGAGAAGGUGGGGGCUGGGGUGUGACUCAGUGGCAGGGCACUUACCUAGCAUGAGUGAGGCCCUGGGUUCAUCUCCAGCAUGGCAAAAAUGGUGUUCAGUGUCCUCUUUUAAAAAAGGCUCAGAAGG